AGACAGACAUCAUCUAGAAAGAUCUGUAGAUUUGCUGCAAAGAGACAAAAUGGGACGCAUCUUCCUCGAUCACAUUGGUGGGAGUCGCCUCUUCUCUUGUGCCAACUGUGACACCAUCCUGACCAACCGGGCUGAGCUCAUCUCCACACGCUUCACCGGCGCCACCGGCAGAGCUUUCCUCUUCAAUAAGGUUGUGAACCUGCAGCACAGCGAGAUCCAGGACAGAGUCAUGCUGACAGGGAGACACAUGGUGCGGGAUGUCAGCUGCAAGAACUGCAACAGUAAGCUGGGCUGGAUGUACGAGUUCGCCACGGAGGAAAGCCAGCGCUACAAGGAGGGCCGGGUGAUCCUGGAGAGGGCGCUGGUGAGGGAGAGCGAAGGCUUCGAACAUGCUCCCUCUGACAGCUCAUGAGUUUUCUCCAGUUUCUGUCACAAUACUUGAGUCGUGCACUUAGCAGCUUCGCCUCCAGCAGCAUUUGCACACACGUAUAUGAACAGUUAUUGUGAGUGCAAAAACACCAGGGUAAAAAGAAAAAUGGACGUUUUGUAGUGAAUUUAGAAAAAGGAGAGACUAUUAUUUUCCUACCUAACUUAAAAGUUCCUACAGUUCCAUUGUGGGCUCAGUAGGCGAGCUGUUGUUCAUGUGUGGUGGGAUGUUGGCCGCUGCUCUCAGAUGAGGAAUCUAUUCAAAGUAUUAAGUUCUUAACUGAAACUGUUGAGAUUAUCGCUGAUUAAGGAUUUAGUGCUGUUGUUUGCUUAAAUAGGGAAAAGUAUGUUACAAACCCCUAUAUUUCCAGUGUGUUUUCAGUGAGAUAUUUGGCAAAAAAAAAUGAUUGAUUUAAACAAUUAUUACAUUACUUCUCUAAGUAAAAUAAUAAAAAACGUCGUUUUAUGUUCUGCAGUAAACAGGGUUUUAGUUUUACCCCAGAAAAGGUUUAUUCUGUUAAUUUUAUUUUAUUACAGUACAUUUAUCACAGUAAAACAUGCUUAGUAUUUUAAUGUUACUGUCGCUGAGAUUUUUCUUUUUCUUUGCAGGAUUACAUUUAGUGCUGACAUGUUAUUUUUUUCCUCCAACAAAUAAAAGAGCUGAAUUUAUUUA